AUGGAUCGCCUUGUUGGCGUAUCCUUCGCGAUUCCAGUCUCCCGCGACGGCACCAAAGUCAACUUCACCAUGAUUUAUGGUCGAGGGUGGUACAACCACCGCAAGGGUUUCCAACGCGUUGAACUGGAUAUUGCCGCUAAGAAAAAGGCUAUCGCACAGCCAUUCCCUCUGAGCCCAUCACCCCUGCAAGCUCACCCGACCGGCGUUAACAAGCGUCAAUGUGCCCACCACCAACGCUACCACGAUGGGCUCGUGUGUCACGGGGUCACGGCGCCGUUAGCCGCUCUGGGGCAUCUGUACCGUUGCAACGCCCAUGGCAAUUGCCGAAUAUGUUCGACGCACUGCGUGAACACAUCGUGGUCACACCAACUCAAAUUGGUGGAUUUGUUCACUAACAACAUGCUCAUCCUUCCCUCCAUCCUCCCUGUGCCGGAUUCUCCACGCACCAUACCUUCUAACAACUACAUUGAUGGCUCCAAACCCGACGGUCAGAGUGUCACGCGUGCGACCGUGUCACUGGACUUAAUGCUCGAGGAAUUUGCCCUACUCGAUGCACAUGUUGCUGUUGUGAAGUCGUCAUUUACGACGAUGUGUUCCCAACCUGGCACUCUACCUCGGUCUUCAACCUCGUUGACCUUGUUACCACUGGCGCAGCGGACCGUAUCCAGUCGCUUUUGUCCAAAUACCCGAUGGAAUUAG